UCCACUCUCAUCAUGUCAUCUUUCAUGAAUCCAUUUUUCCACUUAAAACUUCUUCUAAUUCUAGUGAUUUUAAUAAUUUUCCUCACAUGUCCCCAUCUUUCUCUCCACUAGAUCUUAGUAAUAGGCCAAUCUCGCCUUGUCGUUCCACACAAGUAAUGUCCCAUGGUGCCAUUCACAAGACUGUGCCAUCGUCGAAACCUGCUUGCGAAUCCCAAGUACUUACUUCUGACUUAUCCUCACCACCACCAUCACCCAAUCGAAUUGCCUUCUCUCCACACACACUUGUAGGCUCACCUUCCUCAUCUCCCUCUUCUUCCUCGGCCCACUCUAACUCAUCUAGCCUAUCCACCUCAUCUGGUUCUCCUAGCCCUCCCUUGGCCCCACCCCAACCUUUUCAAACACACCCUAUGGUUACUCAAGCUCAAAACAACAUUUUCCAAACCCAAGCAGCUCUUCCACACUACUCCUCACCUUGCUACCACCUCCUUAGAGCCCACAUAUGUGUCCCAAGCCUUGAAAGCACAUGUUUGGAGACACGCCAUGGCAAAGGUGGCAGUAUUGAGCACUAUAAGGCGCACCUUGUGGCCAAAGGGAAUGACUCCGGUCUACUAUGCUCUCUAGUGCACAAAAUGGGGCAGUGCUUUUCUCUUAAAGAUCUCGGCCCUCUCACCUUCUUUUUGGGCGUUGAGGCUAUUCAUACACCUGCUGGGUUAUUGCUCUCUCAACACAAGUACAUUUUUUAUAUUUUUCAUCGAGCUAACAUGGAUUCUGCGAAGCCUGUUUCCACACCACUUCCUUCCUCGACCCAUUUGAGUUCUUCAGCAGGUUCGGCUCUUUCCGAUGGCUCUGACUAUCAACAUAUCUUGGGUUCUCUUCAGUAUCUCACUCUUACUCGUCCGGACAUUUUGUUUGCUGUCAGCCGACUGUCUCAGUACAUGCAUCAACCCACUGAUCUCCACUGGCAAGCCUUGAAACGUGUUCUUCAAUAUCUCCGGGGUACUAUUUAUCACGGGUUGCUUCUUCGACCGCAAUCAUCUCUUUCACUACAUGCCUAUUCUGAAUCUGACUGAGCUAGUGAUUGGGACUCAUCUCUUUCCACAAUUAGUUAUAUUGUUUUUCUGGGGCCUAAUCCAAUCUCUU